GUUUCUGGCGUUCCUCCUCUCGAGCCUGUCAUCUCGACCAAGUCCGGAUACGUGUAUGAACGAAAACUCAUCCUCAAGUAUCUUAAAGAGAACGAUGGGAAGGAUCCGAUCAGUGGCGACGUCCUUGAAGCCAGUGAUCUGAUCGACGUCAAGACUGUUCCGUCCGCACCAGCCCCGCCGCCUCGUGCAUCCACCUUGUCAUCAGUCCCCGCUCUGCUCCAUGUGCUUCAAAAUGAAUGGGACGCUGGGAUGCUGGAAUGCUAUGAGCUUCGCAAGCAAAAUGCUACCCUUCGCCAAGAGCUUUCUCACGCUUUGUACAAAGAGGAUGCUUCAAUGCGUGUACUUGCUCGGGUAAUUCGAGAACGAGACGAAGCUCGAGAAGCGCUGGGUAGUGUACAAUCUUCACUCGGAGCCGUCACUACCGCCGGAAGCCACCCAAGCCAAACAGAUACGGAGAUGAAGGAUGGCGCCCCGGCAGCGAUGGGUCUAGGUGACGAGGUCAUCGAGAGAAUCAAUUCAACUUCCCAAGCAUUGUCUGCCACGCGCAAAAAACGCAAAGUGCCAGCCGGUUACGCCACUCCGGCUUCCUUGAAGUCUUAUACCCAGCAAAUUUCCAUCCCCUCGCUCCAUUCUACGAAGCCCCCCGGUAUCACAUGCAUGCAGGUCACGGGUCAAAACGAUUGCUUACUUGUGACAGGUGGGAUGGAUAAAACAGUUCAGAUCUAUAAUCGUGAGACUGAAAAAGUCGUGGCCACCCUCAAGGGCUCUACCAAAAAGAUUGCUUGCUUGGUCGUCGUGGAUGGACAGCAAGCCACAGCUGAGUCUCUACCCAAGCUUAUUGCGGCCGCUUAUGACAAGACUAUUCGGCUCUGGGCGCCCAGCGAGAAGAAAACUGGAUACGUAGCCGCAGGGACUUUGUCAAACCACACUGCCGAAAUCACUGGUCUUGAUUUACACCCGUCCGGCACGCUUCUCCUGAGCGGAUCACUGGAUGGUACAUGGGCUAUACACGACCUUCAGCACGCAAGUGGAGCAGCGACUACCCUCAUCACCGUGUCCUUGGGCGAUGUUCCUGCCGGUGUAGGCAUCAGUUCAGUGCAAUGGCACCCGGAUGGUGUUAUUCUAGCUGCUGGAUUGAGCGACAGUUCCAUCAAGAUAUUCGACGCAAAAUCAUCUAGCUGUGCGGCCACCUUCCCAGGACACGCCGAUGUCGGCGGAGGUCCCAUUCAAUCGAUUUCGUUCAGCGAGAAUGGCUAUUCAUUAGCUUCCCUUUCAGCUCAAUCGACAUGCGUCAAACUUUGGGAUUUACGCAAGCUCAGUAACUACCAUACCAUUACGCUCCCCGAAGCCUAUCAAGCCAAUCUAGUGAAAUGGGACCCCAGUGCUCAAUUCCUUGCUGUUGUCGGUAACGAUCUUCGAGUAUGGCAAAACAAGACCUGGGAUCAAUUGCUAGUAUUCGAUGGUAAUACGGCGGAAUUGACCGGACUAAACUUUUCAAAGCUGGGCAAAGAGGUCGUCGUGGGAGGAAUGGACCGUACCGUGACUAUCUUGACUGAUCCGUCACCAGUUGAGGAAAAGUGA